AUGGGUCAGAUUCUCUCUCAACCACACUCGGAACAUGGACAAGACAAUAGACUGAUUUUUGGCGUCUCCUCGAUGCAGGGCUGGCGUAUCACCAUGGAAGACUCCCAUGCUGCAGUUCUUGACCUCAAGAGCCUGGACGCCCCUGAAACAGAAACCCCAACGGAUCAACGCAUCUCCUUUUUUGGUGUAUAUGAUGGCCAUGGUGGUGAUCAAACUUCCUUAUACGCUGGUGAACACCUCCAUCUCGUCGUUGCCGAACAAAAAGCUUUUGCUCAAGGUGACUUUGACUCUGCUCUUAAAGAUGGCUUCCUUGCCACUGACCGGUGUCUUGUUAUGUCGCCGCACUUUAGAAAUGACAUGUCAGGAUGCACCGCUACCACUGCUCUCUUUACAAACAAGAAGAUUUUUGUCGCAAACGCUGGCGACUCGCGAACUGUCCUUGGUGUCAAGGGCACCGCAAAGGCAAUGUCGUUUGACCACAAGCCCGAUAAUGAAGGUGAACGUGCUAGAAUUAUUUCCGCUGGUGGAUUUGUUGAUAGCGAUCGUGUCAACGGUAAUCUCGCUCUUUCUCGCGCUAUUGGCGAUUUCGACUUUAAAAAGGUUGUCAAUAGACCCCCUGAGGAGCAAAUUGUUACAGCUUUCCCCGAUGUGAUGGAACACGACAUAUCACCUGAUGACGAGUUUUUGGUGCUGGCAUGCGAUGGUAUCUGGGACUGCAUGAAUUCACAGAGUGUUGUUGAGUUUGUCCGUCGCGGCAUUGCCGAGAAGCAAGAGCUCAGCUACAUUUGCGAAAACAUUAUGAACCAUUGCCUGGCCCCAGCUAGUGAUAUGAGUGGCAUUGGCUGUGAUAAUAUGACUAUGAUGAUUGUCGGAAUUUUGAAUGGCAAGACCAAGGAGGAGUGGUACAAUACUAUUUCCGAACGUGUUGCUAAAGGUGAUGGUCCAGUAGCUCCAGUUGCUAGUGUUGAGCCCAUUGCUGAUGAAGAACACGGUACUAGUAGUGCUGUCACUGGUGGUGCUACUGGUGCAGCCCCUGCUCCAGGUGAAAGCGAUUUGUAUGACGAUUUGUUUCAACGUACCGUUGGUGGCGGAAUCACUCUUCAGCAAUUCUUGGGCGAUGGCGCUACAUUUACCACAACUGCCGACGGUUCGAUACUAAUCAAGUCUAGCAGCAGUGUCUUGUCUGCUCUUCAACGAUACCGAAAUGAUGAAGAUGAAGAUGAAAACGAAGAUGAAGAGCAUGGUGACAAGCGGAUAUCUGAAAUAGACGAAGAAGACGAGAGCAAAAACGCAAAAAAGGAUGAUGAAGAGCCAAAAACUCAAGAGAAGGAUGCAAAGAUAGAAUCUAAAUCCUCAAGUUAG